CAUAGAAGUCGUCUGAUAUUUUGGCGAGAGUUUGAGUGGCUGUGAAGUUAGAUACUAAUAAUAAUAAUAAUAUACCUCUUUGCCUUCUUCUUCUUCUUCUUCCUCGCUACAAUAAUCAGAUACCUUUUCUCUCUUCUUCCUCUCGGCGAAUUAAGAUCUAAAAUCUCAGUUUUUUUUGUUUUGUUUUGGAAAGUUCUGCUUUUUCUCUGUUCUGAGAUCGAUGGGGGAGGUUGUGGUUUUAAGCAGCGACGAAGGUACUAUGGAGACGAUGAUGAGCAGAGGCAAGUCAUCGGAGGUUGUCCGGUGGGAGAAGUAUCUUCCGACGACGGUGCUUAGGGUUUUGCUUGUCGAAUCCGAUGAUUCAACUCGCCAAAUCAUCACCGCCCUUCUUCAGAAAUGCUCUUACAAAGUUGUGGCCGUCUCCGAUGGUUUAGCUGCGUGGGAGACUCUGAAGGAGAAGACACAUAACAUUGACCUAAUACUAACGGAGCUGGAUUUGCCAGCUAUAUCCGGAUUUGCGCUACUCGCUUUGGUGAUGGAGCAUGAAGCUUGCAAGCACAUCCCUGUCAUAAUGAUGUCGUCGCAAGAUUCGAUGACGAUGGUGUUGAAGUGUAUGCUUAGAGGUGCUGCUGAUUAUUUGAUUAAGCCCAUGAGGAAAAACGAGUUGAAGAAUCUAUGGCAACAUGUCUGGAGACGACUUACUUUGCGUGGUGAUCAUACUGCUAAUGGUCCUAGCUUACCAGCUUCGCAGCAGAACGUUGAAGACAAUGAUGAAACUUGUGCAGAUUCAAGAUAUCAUUCUGAUCAUGGAAGUGGUUCUCAGGCUAUCAGCGACAACGGUGAGGAUAAGCUGAUGGCGGAUGUCAAACCGGUGGUUGAAUCUUUUGAUGUGACAAUGGAUUUGAUCGGUGGGAUAGACAAACGGAGUGAGUGUUUCUACGGAGACAACACCGGUGAGCAGCAUGUUGGGCCCGAGCUUGGGCUUUCUCUGAAGAGAUCUUGCUCUGGAAGAAGUUUGGAGAAGAACCAAGAUGAAAGCAAGCAUCAGAAGAUUAGCCUCUCUGAUGCAUCAGACUUCUCACGAUUAACGUGCAGAUACGAGAACGGGAAGGCAGGAGGAGAGAAAGCAGUUGUUGUUGCUGUAGAGGCAAGUAGUUCAGCUGAGCCCAAGACACCAAGCGAAUCACAUGAAAAGCUGUUAAGAUGUGAUCACGGAAGCGCUACAACGAGCAGCAACCAUGAGAACAUUGGAUCAUCAAGCGUAAGCGGACAGAACCAGUUUCUUCAGUCCGGGAAGCAAGAAUCUCUCUUUCCAGUAGAAUCAAACCGCCUGAAGGCGAGCAAGGAAGUGGAAGUUGGUUCUCAGAGCACCAACGAGGGCACAGUAACAGCAGGAGGACAAAAUAGGAGCAGCAGCACAAGAGAGAAAGCAAAGGAGGAAGAAGAAGAAGGUGAAGGUGGUGGCACUGCCCAGCAACGCAAGAGUGAGAGAGAAGCUGCGCUGAUGAAGUUCCGGAUGAAGAAGAAAGAUCGAUGCUUUGGUAAAAAGGUAAGAUAUGAGAGCAGGAAGAAGCUAGCAGAUCAGCGUCCAAGAGUGAAAGGCCAGUUCGUGCGUGCUGUGAACUCAGAUGCGUCUACUACUAAAUAAUGCCUGGCAGCCCAACAAGAGAAGUUUCCCACAGUAAAAGGCCCAGUUAGAGAGACUUUUUUUUUUUAGAUGUGUUGUAAUAUUAAGUGUGGCUUAUUUGUAUUCCAGUGUUACUUCUCAGUUCUCAGCAAAUCUAAGAAAAUUGGGGUAACUAUUCCACUUGAUGGAUCAUCUCCAAUUCUCUAUUAUCUGCGAAUGAUCAAAGCUACGUUAAACCGUAACUCCAGAUUUUCUGCAAGUUUUUUUUUCCAUAUUGACUUAGCAUUUAAUGUAAGAGGACUAUCAAGAUCCCACAAUAUUAUCUUCUUCUUU